UGUGACGGAUAUAGUGUUGUGUUUUUUUUUUUUUUUGGUUAUUGUUGACAAAAGAAUAUAGAGCUGAGAACUCCAUUAUGAUUCUUCGGAACGAAACAAAACCUCUGAUAAUCAUCGAGUUCUCGAUUCUAACUAACCACAUAUCGAAAUCCCUAGUUAUGUGACAGACAAUGAGUAUAUAGACUAAGAACUCGUUAUGAAUGAAUAGUGAGUAACAGUGAACUGAUAAGAUGCAUUUGGCAAGUGAAGUGAGCUCGACAACCAAUGGCUUGGGGCACGAGGCUCCGUCGUCAAGUUACAACGGCGGCUCGCUUCCGAGUCAACCAUUAACUGCCGAACUGUUGGCAGAAAGGACGUUAGAAGGUUUAUUGGCAGACCAUCCAGGGGAGCUGGUGAAAACCGGUAGCCCUCACGUGGUAUGCACAGUUCUGCCGCCGCAUUGGCGAUCGAACAAGACUCUACCUGUAGCGUUCAAAGUGGUCGCGCUUGGGGACGUUGGGGACGGCACUCUAGUAACAGUACGCGCUGGCAACGACGAAAAUUGUUCGGCUGAACUGAGAAACUGUACUGCAGUAAUGAAGAAUCAGGUGGCCAAAUUCAACGAUCUGAGAUUCGUUGGCCGAAGCGGAAGAGGGAAAUCUUUUACUCUAACGAUAAUGCUGGCAACUUCUCCUCCGCAAGUCGCGACGUACCAAAAAGCCAUCAAAGUCACGGUCGACGGCCCCAGAGAGCCGAGGUCCAAGACUCGACACCACGGUUUCCAUCCUUUCCAUUUCGGGCCCAGGUUUGCUCCGGAUCCUUUGAUGGGAUCACUACCUUUUAAAUUGUCAGGUAAGUGA